AUGAGCGAAUCUGAAAAGAAGCCUGAAAUCAAAUCUGAAGCGACAGUUCCAGCCAAGAGUUCUAAUUAUGUGCCCGAUGUUGGUAUUGAUAACAAGAACAAAGCGGCCAAAGAUCUCAAGUUUUUCCCUGAUAACCCAACACAUUACUCACACAAGGCUACCUUCACCACGAAGGAACCUUCGCAGUAUUAUGACCCAUGCCAACAAGCUUCACAGAUGUCUCUAGGAUGCUUGGAACGCAACAACUACGAUAAGGAGGCAUGUAUCGAAUACUUCAAGGCAUAUAAGGAGUGCCGUCAAGAGUGGAUGGACCAGAGAAAACGCGAUCGCCGUUCUGGCUUCAAGUGGUAA